GUUGUCAAACCGAAACACCGGCCCGGGAGACAAAAAAUUGAUUGUUGAUUGUUUAGCUUGGCGCUUGUUUCGUUUACAAAUCGCGAUUUUGUUGUUCAAAUAAAAAUGAGUUCCGCGAAAAAUCAGGACAAGAACGAUAAAAAUGCCCUGAAAACUUGUGUGGUAGAAGGGUGCGGUGCCGACUCCAAAUCGUGUCCAUAUCUGUUCUUUCUGAAAGUUCCGCAAAAUCCGGAACGACGCGUCGAUUGGUGCGAUGCCAUGGGCGUUGCCGUCCAGAGGGGCAGAGUCUACUGCUGUACGCGACACUUCGAGAUCCCUGGCGACUUCGACGGCGACGCACCUUCGGACAAGUCGAGCGGCAUCCGGUUGAAGCUGAAAAGCGACGUGUUACCCCAUAAGGACAUUCCUUUGAUGCAUGAUGUCAGGAAUAUUUACCGUCUCUUUGACUUGAUGAAGGCUUCAGGAAAAAUCGAAAAGCAUUGUAAAUAUUUGCUUCCGACUAUUGAGCACGAUUUGAAAAUUAAAGUCCCUUUGAACAUCAAGCCGACGUCGCUAAACGAAGCUUACGAAUACCUGCUGGAAAGAAUCACAGACUAUUUCAGCUCGGACCUUCCAAAGUCACGGUUUCAGCUGAUGCAGAUGUUGAAAAGCCAUCGGGAUAAAAUUACCGAGAUUACCAACAAGAAACCCUUGAGGGGAACGCUACAAGGUUCCGUUAUGUUGAAAACCGUACAACCAUUUCUACAGUAUGAAGCAAAAGCUUGUCUUGAUAUACCAAUCGGCCAUAAAGAACUGGAACAGUUGUAUUUCGUGUUGGAAGCAAACCAACUCAAAGCUUUCUUCCGGCCAAUCACGGCAACUUCGCCCAUCAGCGGUAGCGACGACAACGAUUUCAAAGAUCUGUUCUUUCUGCCUGGAAUCCGAGUGAACUUGACUAUACCUUUUGUGGAACUGACAAGAGAAGUGGCCUUGAAUUCCGAAAAGUUCAUCGUAAACACGAGCAGCAUUCCAAAAACUUCGGAUUCCAAACCGAAUGGACUUGAAUGGUUCCAGAAAGUUGACAAACCGUAUCGACUGAAAUCGUCCAAGGUUGGACAAAAUGUUACCUUGGAGUAUUUGGACAUUUUGAUAAACAUGUUCCAAAAAUAUGAGUUUAUGAUGAGCCAACGGCAAAGAUCGACCUUGAUAUCUCUAUUACAGCUAACGAGAAAAGAUUUGUCGGAAUAUGAAAUGAAGGAGCUUCAAAUUACCUACUGCCGUUAUUUGUCUCGCUACAAAUACCAUCGCACUAUAAACGAAGACAUCGCCCAAGAUCUUGGUGACGAGGAACUGUUUAUGUUCGUGAAAGAAGUCGUCAAUCCCGAGUUGAAUUUCCAGUUUAGCACCGCAAUCGACACUGACGUGGCAAGUAUCGGGAAAAUCGAGCAAUUUUUCCGUCCGAUCCUGGGUUACAUUAACGAGCAGGCGGAGUACACCGAUGGGGAACCGUACCUGAAGUUUGCCGAACAACUCAAAAAAGCCAUUACAUACACUUGCCAAGAGUGUAACACGACUUUUGACUCGCCGCUUGCGCAUCUUACCAUCAAAGAGCAUCGUUUUUGUGGCACCAAGAAGUGGACGUGCGUUCACUGCAAGGAGUCAUUCGUGGAAAUGAAACUAGCCGGAGAUAUGUGGUCCCAUAAGUGUUCCUAGAUUGUAUAACUGAUUUGACUAAUAAAAAUAAGUUUUUUUUUAUAAGGCCGGAACAAAUCUCAUUUUCUUCUUUGGUGGUAGUGCUCGUUGACUCGUAAUGGGGGGGAUUAUAAAUAAUAACUACCUACUCGUUACUAUCUAGACGGACCCGGUCGUGUUCGGUUCCGCCUGCCAGCAUAUACUUUGUUUUUAGUCGCAUUCACCAACAGUCCGAGCUUUGCUGCUUCGCGUUUCAGGCGGGUGUAUAGUUCUGACAUCGUUCCAAAUGUUCUGGCGAUAAUUGUGCUCAUUCUGCGAAUGGAGUGACGUGAGAAAAGUCGGAGUCGUACAUCGAGGUGAGAAAUCUCGACUCGAAUGAGGUGACUCUCCAUUUGAUUUACACGGCGAGUCACUUCAUUCGAGACGGUAUUCCUCACUUCGAUAUACGACUCCGACUUUUCUCACGUCACUCCAUUCGCAGAAUGAGCACAGAUGUCCAUGUCGUCUGUCCACAAAGCACGCAAAUUGACCGGAUUUCGCAAAAAUCAUACUCCGGCUGUUGAGCCCGGCUCGUCGCAUUACACCUUCCAUAGUGAUGUUAAUGAAUAUGCAUGAGAGUCCCUCACCUCAAUACGUAAUUUAUGGACAGCCCCUAGUCAGCUUCCCAGGAUUUUUCAUAGCUCUGUGCGGUCGAUACUG